AGGGACGCUAAAGUGAUCCUUUCCCCCUCACACACUCACAUGUGUUCGGGGACCGAAACACACGCCAUCUCUCACUGAAGCUCAAGGUCAGAGAAACCCAGAAUGAGGUGAGGGAAGAUGGAGUGUGAAAUUUGAUUUGGGAUUAUUAAAGUCAGUGUACUGUAACAGCGCUGUGAAGGUUCGCUGAAGUAUGUAGACACACGAGGCUGCUCGUUCUCAGUAGGAUGAGAUUGAUGGUUUCUGCGAGAAGUUAAAAAAUUAAACGUCAAACGUGGGACAUGUGGGACUCAACAAACUAACUAUUCCCAAACCUGUGAACCAGGAAUCAUGACGGCCAUCACAGCCCCGAGCGACAGAUACAAUGCUGUGUGGAUCAUCUUCUUCGUCCUGGGCCUGGGAACCCUUUUGCCAUGGAAUUUCUUCAUGACCGCUACCAUGUACUUCACCAGCAGGCUAAAGGACCAAGACCUGUCCCUCAACCACACCGCCAACAUGACCGACGCAGCCUCAUCGGACACUCGCAAUAUCCUGGAGUCAAAGUUCAACAACGUGAUGACGCUGUGCGCCAUGGUGCCGCUGCUGAUCUUCACCUGCCUCAACUCCUUCAUCCACCAGAGGAUCUCCCAGAAGCUGCGUAUUUGCGGGUGUCUGGCGGUCAUCUUGGGUGUGUUCCUGCUGACGGCCAUCUUGGUCAAGGUGAAAGUGGAUCCCCUGGCCUUCUUCACCAUCACCAUGAUCAAGAUCGUCAUCAUCAACUCGUUCGGCGCGGUGCUCCAGGGGAGUCUGUUCGGCCUGGCGGGGCGUCUGCCCGCCUCCUACACCACCCCCAUCAUGAGUGGCCAAGGCCUGGCCGGAACCUUCGCCGCCUUCUCCAUGAUCUGCGCCUUGGCCAGUGGCUCCGAGCUGAACGACAGCGCCGUGGGCUACUUCAUCACGGCCUGCGUGGUCAUCUUCCUGGCCAUCCUGGCCUACAUCGCCCUGCCCAAGAUGGAGUUCUUCCAGUACUACAUGGAGAGUAUUGGAUCCAGUCUCACGGGGGAGGAGGAGAACAGGAUGGAUCUGCUUAAGAAAGACGGCUCUGGGGAGAAGGGCACUGCAGCGGCGGGAGGCAGGCAGAGCCCGUCGGUCUUGGGCAUCUUUAAACAGAUCUGGGUGAUGGCAUUGUCUGUGUGCUUCAUCUUCACCAUCACCAUCGGAACGUUCCCUGCCGUGACGGUGGAGGUGAAGUCCUCCGUGGCCGCGGGCAGUGCCUGGGACACCUACUUCAUCCCCGUGUCCUGCUUUCUGCUCUUCAACCUGAUGGACUGGGCCGGCCGCAGUCUCACUGCCGUCUGUAUGUGGCCGGGGAAGGACAGCCUGUGGCUGCCGGUGCUGGUGGGUCUGCGGGUGGUCUUCGUACCGCUGUUCAUGCUGUGUAACGUGCAGCCGCGAAGCUACCUGCCCGUGCUGUUCGGGCACGACGCCUGGUACAUCCUCUUCAUCGUCCUCUUCUCCUUCUCCAACGGCUACCUGGCCAGCCUCUGCAUGUGCUUCGGACCCAAGAAGGUGGCGCAACAUGAAGCUGAGACGGCCGGCGCGGUCAUGGCCUUCUUCCUGUCCCUGGGUCUGGCCAUGGGGGCUGCCCUGUCCUUUGGCUUCCGAGCCAUGAUCUAAUAACCCCCCCACCCCCAAGCCCCCCUCGCCUCCUCCCCCACGGUAUGGACACCCUACUGUCCCCCCCUCCCCCCUCCUGUUUGUUGAACGUUCUCACAGAGCCGUCUUCCCCCACUCCCCCCGGCCGAGGGCUGGAGGGAGUGGGUCACAAAUACUAGACCGACUGAAUCACCAAAACCUUUCUCCUAUUGCGGGUGCUGAAUGUGCCAAACGGUUGUGGAGCGAGCCUAAUUUCUCUGAGCCCCGGGGUGGAAAGUCACGGAAAAGUGUUGAGUCAGCCCCGUCUGGUGACGUCAGAGAAGAAGAACAGCGGCCCUCUGUGUCCCCGUUGUGACCGAGUGUUUAAAGGGAUACUCUAGGGGCAAACGGCAGUAGCAUGUAGACAGAAGGAACUUCUCUGAUUCUAUUCAAUGGUACAUAUUGUCCGACGUAAAUAUGUGUCUGCUUUUUAUAUAGACUAUAGGCAUACUUUUUUGUUGAUUCUUUCUCAUAAAUUUCCUGUUUCAAACAGCUAACGGCUUUAGGUUCUGCACAAAGUGAGAAUCUAACAGCGGACGUGUUAUGGCACUGGCAACCGAGUCGGGGGCCAGCGAUGUGAAAUUAGAGCUGUACCAAUAAGCAGGUUGAUCUCUACCAAAUAUAAGACGUUACCUGACAACCCACACAGCUAGGUGUGUCUAUACGUACUCGCCCAAUACUGCCCUCAGAUAACAGACGUGUGUGUGUGUGUACGUGGGUGUGUGUGUGUGUGUGAUAGUUACUGAUGGUAGUUGCAGAUUGUACAACUAGGGGGCAGCAGCGGUAAGGUCCUCAUCCCCUAAAGAUACAUGCUAUUUCCAGUGUCCUACAAUUAAUGCUGUGACGUUGUUACUGUUAUUGGUGACCUCAAUAUUUCCAUGGGGAUGGGAAAUUCUUUGGAACGUGACCCAGUCAUUUCCAUAAGGAGACCUGGGCGAUGUGCUCGUAUCGGGACUGUAUGUGUGUGAAGAUCUCUCCUUUCUCACUGUGAUUACUUGUUUUGGAGUCGUUUGUUAAUUUACUUUUUAUCCUCCCAGACGUUAGAAUGCAAUACAUUUAGUUUUUAUGAUACUGUUCGGCCAUCCCAUUAUUCAGUGCCUAGUCGGUGGAGACUGCCUUUGGUCUAAUGGUAGUCAAUGUUUAAAAGGCCUGUUUGGUUUUUUUGUGUUUAAGGCCUGUUUUGGUUUUUAGUGUCUUGAUACACAUGGCAGUGAUUGUCAGCAUUAUUAUUAUCAGCAAAACAUACAUAUUUGCAUUGUUUCGCCUUCACCAGGUGUGUUUCUGCCAUCUCUUAUCAAGAUGUUCUUAUGAGUUUGACAAAAAUUGUUUUAUCUAGUUAUUUUUAAUUGAUCAACAAUUUAUUUGGGAUUUUCAAUCAGAAUGAAGGAAACCAAUAACCUCAACAGUUUUAUCCGUUUUAUAUUUUUACAUAUCUGAUUAUUUUUUUAUAAUUUUUUGUUUUACCUGCAGAUAUAAUGCAUUACCAGAUGUAUUCAAUGACGUGGUGCUUGGCACUGUCCUGUUUACAGGACGGUGAUGAGGUAUAGCAAGGACCAUAGCAAUGUUACCCAACAAAGAAAAUAAAUGUUUUUGUAAGACUCACAUUUUGCUGCAAGAUUGAUGAUAUACACUAGCAUUUCACCUACUACUAAAGAAAAUUCAAAGGCAAUAAAAAAAUGUUAAUACAG